CAGUACUUCUCCCAGUAGGCUACACUAAAAUUCGCCUACGUCCUAUCUGUCACUAACUUACUUGUCUCCGCUCUCUCCGCCCCGCCGAGACAACCUAACCCCCGGCUUCGUCAGACCGUCUCUCUCUCCCUCUCUCCGUCUCUCCGUCUCUCCCUCUCUCCCCCUCCCUCUCCCUCACUAAAACUUCAACAAAAGCAACAUCUCUUCCAACUAAUAACUCAACACACAGGUCGUGGAUUAUAGAUUCACGAUUCGCUGAGGUGCUUACGAAGACUCUACUGCUAUUACAACUCCUGUCAUCGUAGCCACAUCAUGGCCUCAUCAGCUACGAACCCAGAUACAUUGGUGACCCUCAAGGUCAACAUCGAAGGAAGCAACAGGAGGUUCAAGCUUCCUCUGCGUGACCUGGGAGCGGACACUCUGUCGGACAAGCUUCGUGCCCUGCUCCAGAUUCCAGAAUCCCAAGAAGCUAUCUUCGAACGCUACUCCGACAGCGCCGCUGACUUUGUCACCCUCGACCCCAACAACGCUCCAGUCUUCAAGCAGCUCUACCGUGCCGCGAAGGCUAAGCUUAAGCUUCGUCUUAAGGUCACUAUUAUCGAUCAGGAGGAUAAGGAGGUUAAGCCAAAGAAGGAGCCGGUUAAGCCAAAGAAGGAGCCGGUUAAGCCAAAGAAGGCUACUGUUGAGGACGAGGUCGCAUCUCCCGUCGCCGCACCACAGCUGAUCUCGGUUGACACGCCAUUAUUGCCAACGGAUAUGUCUUCGCCAGACUUUGAGAACCACAAGGCCGCUGUGGGAGCACAAGCAUUCCCAUCGUACGGCGAGUAUCUCAAGGAUCUCACGUUUAACUUCAAGAAUGAGAUCGCAGCAGCACCAGCAGCAGCACCGGCUCCAAGUGCACCUGCCGCACUGACGACGCCACCCACACCCGUGUCCGUCACUUCGGUCCCAGUUGCAUCAAGCCCAACCAGCCAAACCAUCCCCAUCACAAGAGGAGCAGCAGCUCGCGACAGAUGGUACGCCGAGCUUGCCAACCUCACCGAGGAGCGCCGUGCUGCCCUUCGUGCGAACUGUCACAGCCCGGGUGCAUCGAUGCAGGCACACAUGAACAAGUACUCUGUGUACUGCAACGACUGCAAGAUUCCCAUUCCCGAUAGGCACUUGCACUAUCACUGUGGUAUCUGUGACGACGGUGAUUACGAUUUAUGCCUGGAUUGCAUGGAUAUGGGCCGUUCUUGCCCGGGCGAGAACCACUGGAUGAUUAAGCGCUGCAUUAAAAAUGGUAGGGCUAGCAACAGCGAUACUAAGAUGCUCCCGCAAAAGGCGUGGCCGUCGAUUGUGUCGAAGGCUACUCUUGUUGAGGUGGAGGGGCCUAAGGAGGUUGUUGUGGGGUCGAUUAGGACUUGCAACUCUUGCAUUCAAGAAUACCCAGAGAACCGUUUCGUCACUUGUGUGGACUGUGAGGACUUUGAUCUCUGCAUCCCAUGCAACGACAAGGUCCAGCAUGGCCACAACCCAAAGCAUACGUUUGCACCAGCAGCAAGCGACACCAAGUUGAAGCCCCUCACCAAAGCACUUCUCAACCCAGGACGCAAUGUUUCUCACCAAGCCAUCUGUGAUGGCUGUGACAAGUACAUCUAUGGUGUCCGCCACAAGUGCCUCGACUGCCCAGACUGGGACUACUGCCAGGCCUGCGUUCCCAACGCGCAGUUCGUCCACCCACGCCACCGCUUCGUGCCCAUCUACGAGUCGAUUCCCCUCCACACACGCUCGCUUACCAAUACCGCUCUCCACUACGGUAUUUACUGUGAUGGACCGCUGUGUGCGUCGAAGUCGUUGAACAUCCGUGGCGACCGCUAUAAGUGCGCUGUCUGUGAUGACACUGAUUUCUGUGCCAGCUGCGAGGCUAGCCCGAACAAUGUCCACAACAGGACCCAUCCUCUCAUCAAGUUCAAGACCCCGAUCCGCAAUGUUAGCGUGACGACUAUGGGCGAUCAUGAUAAUGGCAAGCCCAUGCCGUUGAUGGGUGACCGCUGGCGCCGCCCAAUUUCUAAAUCUACUGAGACCAACACUUGUUCGUCCGCGAACGCUGCUACGCAGGUCCAGAACGUUGCUGAGGUUAAGCCUACUGUCGAGGCCAAGGAUGAGAAGGCCGAGUCUAAGACCGAGGAGACUCCCAAGGAAGUCGAGUCUGAGAAAACACCAGUGAAGUCCGAGGGCGAGCUCGUCGCCACCUUCGUCCGCGACGCAGUCCCAGACGGAACCGUUCUCGCCCCCGGCGCUGUCUUCGAGCAGACCUGGAUCCUCCGCAACACCGGCACCAAGGCCUGGCCCGCAGGCUGCACCGUCAAGUUCGUCGGCGGCGACAACAUGUGCGCCGUCGACCCCGAGCACCCCGCCAGCGUCCACGAGCUCGUUAGCGCCGCCGAGAGCACCACCUGCUACACCGAGGUUGCGCCAGGCCAGGAGCACGGCUUCACUGUGCUGAUGAGGACACCUAGUAAGACUGGGAAGGUCAUCUCGUACUGGCGCCUGACUGGGCCUGAUGGAUACAAGUUCGGCCACAGACUCUGGUGCGAUGUCCUCGUCGAGGGUGCACCGGCUGUUGUCAAGGAGGAGGUUGCCCAGGAGGAGGAUCUCAAGAAGAGCCAGAUGAUAUUCCCCACUCUGGAGAAGGAAUCCCCCGUGUCUAGCGUGUAUGAGCAGCGCGCCGCCUCCCCGGCGCCCGCCCCAGCUGCCCUCGAGGAUGACUUUGUCGAUUUCACAUCUGAGACGCAUGAGGAUGAUCUCAUCGAGGAUGGGUUCUUGACGGAUGAGGAAUACGAUAUCCUCGAUGCUAGUGAUGAGGAGUUCCUCGCUGAGCAGGGGAAGGCGGCACAGAAGUAGGGGGAUGAUGGAUGGUGGAUGGAGACUUGGAGUUCUAGGUGCAAAAACAAAUUGACACACACACACCCACACCCACAGGAUAAGCACGGGACUGGAUUGGGGGGGUUAUUAUGGAGUCGAGCUUUUGUUGAUGGUCUUUUUUUUCAUUUUUCAUUUUGCGUGUUGUGUGGUUUGGUUUGGCUUGGUUUUGUGAUUUAUGGCUUGUUUAUCGUAUUACUUACGGGCUGAGGGAUAUUUGGGAGGAAUGGAUGCUCUAGGGCUUAUAGUACCUCGCACGAUCGAGUCGGCGGGAGGAGUGAUGGAGGAAGGGGAAGUGGACUCAACUCAACUCGGUCCUGAUUGUAUCGUCUCAACUUUGCCCAGGUGGGGCCUUGGCUUUUUUCUAUGGCAGUGCUUUAGGCAAGUGAAAUGAAUAUGACGAAUUAUUAAAAUGCUGUGUAGUUUUUGGGUGUUGUUAUUAUAAAUAAUGGGAUGUGGGGAAAUCGGUGAUCUUGGUGUCUGAUAUAUGAAAGUUGCUGUAAGAUGAAGACUAAUGUUGGUAUUUGCAGCUGUUGGAAUUUCUCUUCUCGCUCAAUUUUAAAUCUACUGUAUUGUAAAGGAGCAUAAUAUUGUAGCUACAAUGCACAGCGAUUUACAAACGUUAUUUUCAUAAUAGUUGUUGCAGGCUUUCACAGUAAAUGCUCAUACCACAGUCUGGAAAGACACCUUGAGGUCGCACGAGCAUCUCUCCGGAAACAUAGAAGAUAAACGCGAAUUCCAAAUGAACCAUUAACAGGAAGGGUAAAUUCCAACCCAAAGCAUCAAAGAUAAAUCUGAAUCUAAACUAAGAUACAUUCACAACACACCCACAUUCCCUA